CUGACUCUCAAUCCGCCAUUUUAUACAACGCGGCAGUAACUGUUUUUGUUUUACAGUGCUGUGUAAAAUAAUAAAAAAAAGCAACGCUUUCAUUUAAGUUUGUUUUAUUUAGUAGAUUGUCGCAAAAAUGGAAGCUGAAGGGCAGUCCGAUUUCAGCAUGGAAGAAUUUCCAGAAGGAUCCAAGAUUAACGCCAGCAAAAAUCUGGAGGACGAUGGGAAAAUGUUUAUUGGAGGGCUGAGCUGGGACACAAGCAAGAAAGAUCUUACAGAUUACCUGUCAAGGUUUGGAGAGGUGUUGGAUUGUACAAUUAAGACAGACCCCAUUACAGGAAGAUCUAGAGGUUUUGGCUUUGCCCUCUUCAAAGAUGCUGACAGUGUGGACAGGGUGCUUGAGCUGAAAGAACACAAACUGGAUGGAAAGCUUAUUGAUCCUAAAAGAGCCAAAGCAAUGAAGGGUAAAGAGCCACCAAAAAAAGUGUUUGUUGGAGGCUUGAGCCCGGAUACAUCAGAAGAUCAAAUCAGAGAAUAUUUUGGAAAAUUUGGAGAUAUUGAAAGCAUUGAACUUCCCAUGGACACCAAAACGAAUGAGAGGAGGGGGUUUUGCUUUGUCACAUAUGCUGAAGAAGAACCAGUACAAAAACUGCUGGAGAGUAGAUACCAUCUUGUUGGAUCCGGCAAGUGUGAGAUAAAGGUGGCCCAGCCCAAAGAAGUAUACAGGCAGCAGCAACAGAGGGGCGGAAGAGGGGGCUCAAGAGGACGUGGUAGAGGAGGUCAAAAUCAAAACUACAACCAUGGUUAUAACAAUUACUAUGGUCAAGGUUAUGGAAGUUACGGCAAUGGAUACAGUCAAGGGUACAAUGGCUACAGUGGCUAUGAUUACUCUGGGUAUAACUAUGGGUAUGGACAGGAAUACGACGACUACAAUGUAGGUCAACAAAGCAGCUAUGGCAAAGCUUUGAGGGGAGGAGCCAAUCACCAGAACAACUAUCAGCCUUACUAAACUGAAACCACACAGUUCUUGGAAUUUCGCGGGAACUUCAUUGCAGGCCGUGUGUCACCUUGACCACGUCAUUCUCUGGGAGUCGCACAUAGCGGGCAGAGAGCAAGGCAUGCACAAGAAAACGCUGUCCUGUGGUAUGGUCUCUUCCAACUUCCUGUACCAGCGUAAAGAUUAAAAAUGGAAACUUCAGACUUGUGUUAACGUUUUUUGUUUUUAUAAAUGUUUUUUUACAGGAGUCUUUUUAAUUUUUGUUUUUUUAAACAAAAAAAUCUUAAAUGACUUAACUUCUUAAUUGUAUUCUCCUUUUAUUUUAGUGUCAUUUUUGUAUUUCAGUUCUGGACCUUCAGUGAUUUUAAAAAUAUGUAAAUGCUUAAACUUUAAUGCUUGCUUUUUCUUCAUAGCUAAUAAAGAAACCUUCAAAUGAUAAACAAGAUCAAGAUUUUUUUUUAAAUAUAGGUGUUAAAGAUCAUGUGUAAACAGGCUUUUUUUCCCCAGGAACAACAAAUAAACCUUUUUAAAGGUGCACUAUCAAUGAAUAAAAUGCCAAACAAGUUGGUUGUACUCUAUAAUAUGUAAUGAGGGGGAGGGAGGGGUUUGAACUAAUGGCAGGAAUGGGUUAACAAAUUGUGCUCCACAGUAAGUGAUCACACCUGUAAAAUUUGAAUUAGUAUAACAAAUAUGGGGCUGGCUGUAUCAUUUUAAAACAAAUCUGCAUGUUGUACAGAUGAUCUUUAAAAAAAACCUUUUUAAUAGCUUAAAGUUGACAGCACAAGAAGUUAAUCAGUGCAACUUGGGCGUUUUCUAAUUUCCAUGUAAUGUUUGGUAUAAACGGUUAACACAUG